AUGAUUGAAUCUGGGACCACGGCAAUGAAAACGGGACCUCCAGGCACAUCUAACUUCACCGUAGCCCUGGACAACUGCUCCCUUCUAUUUCAGGGCGCUGAGGCGCGCAUCUAUUCCGGGACUCUGUCCACGUCAGGGAAGGAUGCUAUCGCAAAGCACCGCUUCCCUAAAGAAUACAGGCACCCUGCACUAGACAGGCAGAUUCGACAGAGGCGAACUAGAGCUGAAGCACGAGCCUUGGAAGCGGCACACGCAGCUGGCCUAGCUGUUCCUAGUGUGCUUUAUGUUGAUGAGCCCAACGGGUGUAUAUACAUGUCCUGGAUACGUGAUUCCUCCGUCUCCACCCACCUGGCUGACAGCACCGAUUUAUUAUUCGAUGAGGCGUUUGCAAAGCUCGUAGGGUCUACCAUUGCGAGGCUUCAUAUGGCUCGCAUAGUUCAUAACGACCUGACUACAAGUAAUUUACUUUAUAAUAGAGAUGAGCGCAGGCUCAGUGUCAUAGAUUUUGGGUUAGCCUCUAGGUCGCCAAUCACCCCAGAGACGAUGGCUGUCGAUCUUUACGUCUUCCAGCGCUCUAUUCUCGCGCUAUGUGGCCCCUGUCCCUUCUUUGAAACCGUGCUGAAGUUCUAUGUCUGCUAUAUGGACGAGCACAGUGGAGACAAAGGCCAGGGACAGAAGAUAUUGACACAACUGGAGCAGGUGCAGGGCCGUGGACGCAAGAAGUAG